AUGAAUGCUGAGCAGCCAGGCGACACACCUUCAUCAGUAAAAGAAAUACGCAAUCGUCUGGAAAGUCGGCUCAAGUCACCCCUUCUUCCUUCAGAUUGUUCUCCUUCAACGUAUUUCGCUAAAACUGCAUCGUGUGAUCAAAAGGAUUCGCACAUUGGAAACGGUGUUGAACAGCUGAAUGGAACUUCGCCUGUUUCUGAGGGGAAACCAGCAUACAGGGCACGCCCUCCUGUAGCACCUAAACCUUGUUUGAAAGUAGCGCUGGGAAGGCCGCAACACUAUCCAGGCCCGUCGGUUAGGAAGUCAUCUUUGCCUAUCGGACGUAAGGAUUUUGAUGAUACUUCGAGAGAUGUGUCUUCUGCAGUAAACGUACGUGAAACUGCUGCACGUUUUAAUAACUUUAUAUCAAGCGGUGUGAUGGGAAUGGGUCCAUCGAAUGACUCCGAUGGUGAAACUGGUGAAACUGUAGAAGACGUUUGUGCACCAGCAUUUCACUCUUUGGCUUGGAACGAUGAGUCGUCUGACUCUAGUGAUUCUAAUGAGCCCGAUACUCCAGUGUCGUCGCAACAGAUACUCACUUUAGCGCCUUUCAAGAGCACGGAGGAAUUACCUCUAGAGGAAGGACGAAAGGCGUACACAUAUGCUGGUCGGUUUAUGCCUGCAGAAAUGAUGGAGAAGCUAAAAAACUUCAAGUCUCCAAAUUAUAAUAGAACUUCUUUGUUAGGGGAAAAACCGACGUUAGGAGGUGCCCAGACUAUGUAUCCGAGCGUAGCUGGGUCAGAUUUGGGGGAAUUGCGACAGCCGAGUGUUAGAAAGGCCAGAGAAGUGUGCAGUGAUUCUUUUGAAGGAAGAGCUAACGAAAUAGCUAUUGUUAACUUUCGUCCGGGUUUUGAUAUUAUCAAUUCAAAAAGAUCGAUUGAUCCAUCAUUUUCACAAACUGGUCCUUUAAGCGAUGCCAGUACUGCUACGUCAUCUUCAGCGAGCAGCCAGCAGAGCGAACUAGUCAUCUAUAAUACGGGAGAUCCAGAAGAGGAUCUACGAUUGAGAAAACUGCAUUAUGCUGCGCAGGAAAUUUAUACUGUGGAAAGGAACUACGUGCAAGAAUUGAACCUUAUUGCUGUUAAAUAUCCUGAAUUUCUUGCUGAAUAUGGCGAAAAGCAUGGCGUAAAUUUGCUUGCAACGUCUGAUGGUCGGCCUCACAUCGUUACCGAAAUAAAGACGCAGUUGUUAAUGAUUAAGGAAGCUCAUUGUAUUUUACUGGAAAAAUUCGCAGCAAAAAUGGAUCACUGGGAUUCUCGGAAGCCUAACAUGUCUGAGUGUUUGAAGAAUAACUAUAGUUUUUUAAAAUUUUGUUUGCCAUUUUUGAAGUCAAAGAAGAAAUACGCUGACGAGUUAAUGAAAGCACUACGAGAAGAUGAAGAAUUUGCAAAUGUUACUACAAAGUUUGAGAGCCAGACUCCUUCUCGGAUAUCAGUGUUGCAAAGAUUAGACAUUGUUCAUCAGAACGUUGUACGCUACACAAUACUAAUGGAAUCGUACAAAAAAUAUCUUCUUAAGGAUUCACGAGAGAUGACCGAGUGCCAAAGUGCGAUAAUGGAAUUGUCCAAAGUUUCCCAAUUAGUCAAUCAACAAAUAAAUCUUGCUGAAAUGGAUAAGAAGUUGCUUACUCUAUACGAACGUUUAGAGGGAAGAUUUAAUGUCUUCGAAGCAAACCGCCAUUUACUGUGCGAAGGUGAACUUAUGAAGCAGUCAAGGAAAGAACUUCAACCUCGCUAUUUAAUUUUGUUUUCCGAUGUACUCCUGAUCUGUAAAUAUUCGAGAGGACCUUCGCUGAGUUCGACUUCUUUCCAGACAGAUUUUUACCAGUUUCCAGUUACAAGUAUUCGAGUUCGCGCUGAAGGGCAUGGAGAGUUUGAAACUCAUUUCCAGCUGUUAACCAUGAAGAAGAGUUCUGUUUAUAUUGCUAAUUUGAAGGAAUGUAAUUUUGCGGAGAAAUCAUUUUUCCCGGUUUCAUCUUCGGUUGUCGGUCCGACGCCCAGCAUCCCGGAAAGUGAUUAUACGACUAUUCCAGAACCGGACAGUCCGUUAAAUACUACUCAUUCACCACCCAUUGAACAGUUAGACAGUGAUUCAUACUCAAAAUACUUACCUGUGAGUGAAAAGUAUGCCGCCACUUGGAUUCCUGAUCCAAAAGCUACUACGUGUAUGAUGGCUGGUUGUAGUACGGAGUUUAAUUUUUUCAACCGUCGACAUCACUGCAGAAAUUGCGGCUGGUUAAUCUGUGGAUCUUGCGUUGGACAUGCACCAGUUAAGAAGGGUGCUUCUUCUGUUCGCGCCAAAGUUUGUCCCCAAUGUUAUUCUCAGAUCCUACAGAAGUGGGUUGGUGACCCUGAUAAUUUCUUUAUACCUCCGCGGGGAGGUGUUCGCAAGAAGCAGGAGGUACCUUCCAGAAAUGAUGAAGAUAUUAUUUCUGGAACAGUUUUUAUCAGAAACAAGAAGGCUGGGGAGACUGAAAGGUGGGGUCGUUUGGAGCAGCAUGAUGGUGGUGUUUUGGUCUUUCUUGUUUAUCCAGCAGAAUUUGAUUCGACUCCUCUUGAGCGGUUCGUUUUGGUUGGCUUUAAAUUGGAAGAGAAGGAUUUAGAAGAGGGUGGAAGACUAUUUGAAUUGCGACAUACGAACCAAAUUGAGGGUAAUGCGAUUACCUUCGCCUUUCGCGUUGCUCAUUCUGGAAAUGCGCAGAGGUGA